GCUUACUUCAAAGUUGUUUGUAUCCAAAACGAGUCGAACGCGGAAGUCAGAGAAAGAUGGCCGCGUUUAACUACAAUUUUGCUAUAAUUUGCCGGGUUCCAAAUGCUUUAAAGAAUAGAAGUGUUGGCUCAGACCACUACCCCGAUGGUAUCGACAUAGAAAAAGCUAAACAAGAGUAUGAAACAAUUAGGGAGGUGCUAAAAAAUUGUGAUAUCAAUAUUAUCGAACUGGUUGAAGAUGAAAGUUACCCCGAUUGUUGCUUCGUGGAUGAUACGGCUGUGGUGAUUGGCAACACCGCAUUGAUAGCUCGACCUGGUCAUACUUCUCGACAAGGAGAGGUUGGUGAAAUUCGAAAAGUUCUGAAAGGAGAUUUGCGAAUGAAUGUGGUUGAAAUACAAAAUGCUAAAGCCACAUUAGAUGGAGGAGAUGUCUUGUUCACAGGUAAAGAGAUCUUCGUGGGGGUGGGGAAGAGGACAAAUGACUUUGGAGCUCAGGCUGUGGCUGAAGCUUUCCCUGAGUAUGCCGUGUCCAAGGUCAACUUUGCCAAAUGCGAGGCUCUCCAUCUCAAGGACGUCUUCAACAUGGCUGGCCGUAAUGUCAUGGCCGUGGCCCCUGGCCCAGACGUACAGGCAGUUCUUAGACAAAUGCAGGAUGUGGCAGACUACCCAUACCAUGUCAUGCAGAUGGACUCUAGGAUGGCCACAGACAUGCUCUAUGUCAAUGGUCAUUUGAUACAUCAUGUCCGCAAUGAGAUGGGGGACAAGAGUUACGGAACGCUGGAUGAAAAGAUCCUCUGGCCCAGACACCAUGUUCAAAUGACAGAGCUUGCCAAAGUUGGUGGCACCAUAGGCAGCUUGGCUAUUCUAAUUACCAGAACACGCACACCUAAACGUAUCAUUAGCAACAUCCAAGAUGAUGAUCUAGGCUAUUUCACUAUGUGGAGACGGUCAGAGCAACAUAAUUAGACAGUUUUUAGUAUCCUAGUUAAAACUUUACAUUUAGGGAUGAGCUUGUCUACUCAAAUAUUUUAAAAGGAUGUAAAAUGAUUGUUGUCAAAGACAUUUAGACUUGCAUUCUAGAUGUUUACCUGUGUGUCAGAUUCAGCUGUUUUUUUCUUCAACCUGUUCAGCUAAUUGGUCCUGCCAACAGACAUCUUUGACUGCCAUAAUUAUUUCUUCUUUUAAAAUAUGUAAAUACAAAUAUUAAAAACUACAUAGAUCUAGCUUUUUCUCAUACCUUGUCAUAAAUUUAAUGCUUAAAAUUUUGUGCAAAAAAAAAAUGCACCAAUAGGCAAGGUAACAAGCUGUGUGGGUUUCAAUUACAUUCCUUUAUACUUCCAGCCCAACUAUCAUACCUUCUCCUAAUUGGCAUCUCUUUGUCCCAAACAAGAAUCUGCUUAAUUUUACUGUGGUGUUUCAUUUGUUACUUAGUCAACAAAAUAAUCUUAGAAACAGCAUCACUUGUUGCUGUUCUGAUGUCUCGGCGCCAUCCUUGUAGCAUAGUAAUAUGUUAACUGAUCCAUUUCUAAUUUUGCCUUCCUUUAUUGCUUCAUAUAUCCAAUUUUAUAUUUUAGACUACUUUUAUGUAAAAAUGAUUGUUUAUAUAUACUUUUAGUUUUUCAAAAAGAAAAUAUUCAUUCCCUAUUAAUUGUAUUUUUGUUGUCUAAUAAUUUUUCUUAGCUAAAACUGGUUUUUUACUGUAGUUUAGGAACAAAAUAUAUAUUUUUGCUGUAAAGCAAGACGCAUUCCAUCUUACACUUUGAACCUUACAAUACAAGUUUCACCAUGGAUACAAAAAAUUUCAUCAUACCAAGUUAUGUGUGCCUUAUCCCUAAAGCACAGAUUAAAAUAGCAUUUUAUGUUAGUAAUAGAUCUUGGAAAACUUUGAUUAUUUGUCUGCUUCCAAUGAAACUUCAUAUCAUAUGUUAAAGAUAAUAUUUUGCUUUCAAUUAAAGCUUCUGAAAUAAACUUGAAAACUUUUCA